UCCAGCUGGAUUCCGCUUCCGGGGUCGAGUGAAGGCGAGCCGGUGGGGAGAAGUGUCCUUGCGGCCUGUGGAGAAAGAGACGUGGGAUAAACUGCGCUAUCUGCAGCAGCCAUGGUGUCCUACUGGAGGCAGGCAGGGCUCAGCUACAUCCGGUAUUCCCAGAUCUGUGCAAAGGCAGUAAGAGCUGCGCUAAAGCCACAAUAUAAAGCGGAGGCAGAGAAGGUAGCAGGAGCCAAUGUAAAAAUAGUGAAGCCCAAAAAAGAAUGAUGUCCAGGACAUGAACUGUGACAGGCAACAUGAAGGCUGCCUCAUGCAUCCUUUCUGUGCUCUGUGAAAUGUUCUCUGCGGUUGUGUAAAUCAUUGUGCUAGUAAACGUAAUUUCUUGAAAAUA